AUGGAUAUGGUUAACCAACAAGCAAGCGAUUCUUGUGUGGAUACUGUCGAAUACAUAAUUGGAGAAGAUGGAACUUUGUCUCCGAUUUACACACAAUUGCCUAGUAGUGUAAAUGAACCUAUAUUAAAUAAUAUUAAUAAUGAGGCUCCACAACCGAAUAUUUCUAACAAUUAUAAACAUAUAGAAUUGCCAACAGACUUUAACGAUGCUGAAAGCAUAAACAGUGAACCAGAAACUAUAAUAAUAUUAAAAAAUAAUCUUGAGGCUCCACCGCCGAAUAUUCCGACCAGUUUUGACCAUUUAGAUUUGCCGACAGACAUAAACGAUGUUUUUAGCAUAAACAAUGAACUUGAAAACCCAGAAAAUCCAGAAACGGAACAGGACAAAAAUGGCGACUCCGAUAAUAACAUCACGAAUAUUAUGUCAUUUGAACACGACGACUUGGAUGUUUCCUACGUUCCUGAGGAAAACGAAUGUGGUAAUAGCUCUGCAGAUGAAGAUGAUAACAGCGGAAAAAACGAGUCUGAUAGCAGCCUGAAUAAUACAAAAAUUCAAAAGAAGAGAAAAUAUUCUGAAGGAUGGAAUUAUAAUAUAAAUAAAUAUAAACGAUUAAAAGGUCAGCCUUACCAAGGCAAAAAGGAAAUUGCAGGUUGUUGGAACUACAACAUAAAUAAACCAGGUAAAUUUUUGUCAAAUCCGUGCAACUGUUCCCUCGGUAAAAAAAGUGUUGCUAUCCAAUGUCAAAAAAUGACGGAAGAAAAACGUUUAAAAAUUUUUCAAACAUUUUGGAGUGAGAGGAAACUACAUGUACAGACUCUGGUGCAAUGUGAGAAUGUUAAAAGAAGAAGAGGGCAGCAAGAAGUAUCGACAAGAAAUUAUUCUAUUAAAUAUUUUUUAAAAUUGGAUUUGGAAAGAAUAAGGGUUUGCAAGCAUAUGUUCGGAAGUACAUUAGGGUUAAAAGAAACAAUGGUACUGACUUGGAUAAAAGAAUUUAAUCGCGAAAGUCAUAACUAUCAGGUUAGCAAAAAAAGCGAAACAAGGAGGACAAAAUUUGCAGAUAAAAAUAAGGCUGUGUAUCAAUUUCUCGAAUCGUUACCAAAAAUGGAAAGCCAUUAUUGUAGGUCUUCUUCAAAAAAAAUUGUAUCUUGA